UUGAGGAUAUGUAUUUCCAUUGUUAGUGGUCACUCGACUAUCUUGUCGAAAUAAUAGAGCAUCUUUGGUCACUCACACCAGAGAGGAAGCGAGAGGAUUCAUUCCCGUCAAAAUCUGUCCGCGGGAAUACAGCGAUAAACCGACUACAUUCCCGCCUUUGGGACAACGACUUUCAUUGUUAGGGCGGAGACCAAACCAUCUCGUCAUUAUAUACAGUAUCUGCGCUCACAUUCACGUAGCUCUUUUGGUGAAGGUAACCCAUAGGUUACUCUGGUGGUUUGGUUGUUUAUUUGUUCUCUUCAUUCACAAUGUCUACACCAAGUUCACCCAGCUUUGGUUCAGCUGUGUGGCACAGCUUCGACAGAAUAGAAGCGGCACUGGCAAAAUGUAAACACUGCGACCGGAAUAUCAGAUGUAAAGGAGGUAGCACCAGUGGCAUGAAAAGGCAUUUAGAGUCUCGGCAUCAGUCGUUGAAGUACAGCAAAAGAGAAGCUGCAAUAAAGGAAGAGACGCUGUCCAAGAAGAGCACACAUGAGGAUGAGGAGCCACACCCUAAAAGAGGGAUGUCAAAGUGGGUACUUUCAUUUACUUUUACCAGGCAAGAACCCAAUACUUCAGAGGUAGCCUUGACAGAAGGUGGGGCUCCAGAGCAGUUUGAGUUUCAGUAUGGACUUGAGGGACCAGCAUUUGAGAAUGGGGAGUCCUCCAAGAGCCAUCUGUCCAUCAAAGUAGAACAACUGGACUCCCUCCUCCCAGACCAAACAGACUCCAGCUGUGGUUCAGGGUCACCUGGGGAUUCGGGGCCUCCUGGCUCAUCUGGUUCUGGGUCCAAUACUAGUCUGGCUUCACAGUUUUUCAAGAAGUGCCACCAGGCAGGCUGCACACAAUUCAUCUUCUCGGAGUUCGCCUCCCGCCUCAGCAUCAUCACUGAGAGGAUUGCAUCCCAGCAGGCCAGCGAGGAAGAUUUCAACCUCACCCUGAAAGUGCUGGAGGCCUCUGGGAUGCUGCCAGAGAUCUUUACCAAAAGAGAUCAAGAAAUGGAGAAGAGACUGAGGGAGCUACAGAGAGAGACUGUAGCGGUGAGGACUGCCAGGUCUGCCAUGAGAGAUGCUUGUGUCAUGAGCUUCACCUCAUCAUGACGGAGCACCGCUGAAGAUCAAAGCAGUUUUAUAAGGUGUUAUAACCAGGGCCUGUGUUUUCUGACAACUUGACUGAACUAGGAAGGUAUAGGACCUGGAGUUUUCCCUGGUCCAAUCCCCUCGUCAGGAAAAUCCGGGCCCUCCUUUUAACCUUUUAACCAAAAUGUAAAUAUUUCAAACCUUUUGUAUUUGACAUAUUUUUCUACCCAUGUUCAAACUUGAACUCUGUGAUAUUUGAACUCUGACAUUUGAAUGCAGUUUUUCACCCUGGCCACUAACUUGAGUGGCAUGUUAUACCUUAAAUUGGUAAUAUAAUCUUUUGACAGACAUUGGUUCUGAGGUUAUUGGUGAUGUUUUGAUGUUAGUAGGUGAUCCUUAGUCUCCCCCUCUGUACUGUAUGUUAUAUGCUCACUAACCCUUAACAGACUUACUAUAUCCUAAUAUACUGAAUGUGCAAAUUAGUCCCAAAAAAUUGCCGGUUACUAUGUCCACUAGUACUAUAAGAUAAAUUAUUUAGAAUACACUAAUAUAGUAUACUUGAGAGUAAAGUUGAGACCUGUGACGUUCUGAGAAUGAAUUAAACUUGUUAUGUAAAUGGGUUGUGAUUAUUUCAGAAAUAAAAAAUGUCCUGAACUUGA